CCGUCCUGAACCACCGCCCGCCUCCCGCCCACUGCCCACUCCGCCACACACUUUCCGCUGCCACCGAUGGAGAUCGGCCUCGUCGUCGCUCACCGGCCGUCUCUCCCGGUGGCGGCGGUACCGGCGCCGGCCUACCUCCGCCGCCGCCACCUUCCCGGCCUAAUCUCCCUCCCCCGCACCUCCCCCUCCCUGUUCUCCCCGCACCAUCAACGCCUCAGUCCCACGCCUCGCCAUGACCUCCUGCAGCCUCUCCGAGCCUCCCCAGCCCCUGAUUCUAGCCCCAAACCAGAGCCCCCCGCCGCCUCCGGUGCGAAGCUUGUGCCGCUCGUCAUCUCCAUCGCGGUCGGCCUCGCCGUGCGGUUCCUCGCGCCGCGGCCCGCCGAGGUGAGCCCCAACGCGUGGCAGAUGCUCUCCAUCUUCCUCUCCACCAUCGCGGGGCUCGUGCUGGGCCCGCUCCCCGUCGGCGCCGUGGCCUUCCUCGGGCUCACGACCGUCGUUGCCACGAAAACGCUCCCCUUCGCCGCCGCCUUCGCCGCCUUUACCAACGAGAUCAUCUGGCUCAUCGUCAUCUCCUUCUUCUUCGCGCGCGGGUUCGUCAAGACGGGCCUCGGCGACCGCAUCGCCACCUACUUCGUCAAGUGGCUCGGGAGCAGCACGCUGGGGCUGUCCUACGGGCUCACCCUCGGCGAGGCCUGCAUAGCGCCGGCCAUGCCCAGCACCGCGGCGAGGGCAGGGGGCAUUUUCCUGCCGAUCAUCAAGUCACUCUCCAUCUCGGCUGGCAGCAAGCCCAAUCAUCCAUCUUCACGGAAGCUCGGAUCAUAUCUUGUGAUGACGCAAUUCCAGGCAGCUAGCAGCUCAAGUGCUUUAUUCCUGACUGCUGGAGCACAAAACCUAUUGUGCUUGAAUCUAGCAGAAGAGCUUGGUGUUAUUAUCGCAAAUCCAUGGGUAUCAUGGUUUAAAGCUGCUAGUUUGCCAGCUAUUGUUUCUCUCCUAGCAACGCCAUACUUGCUGUACAAAAUCUACCCCCCUGAAACAAAGGACACCCCUGAGGCCCCAGCAUUGGCUGCAGAGAAGCAGAAGCGGAUGGGGCCUGUGACUAAAAAUGAAUGGGUUAUGGUUGGCACAAUGAUUUUUGCAGUGUCCCUAUGGAUUUUGGGGGAUGCUAUUGGUGUGCCUAGUGUUGUGGCUGCAAUGCUUGGGCUCUCCAUUCUUCUCCUGCUUGGUGUGCUGGACUGGGGUGAUAUCUUGAAUGAAAAGUCCGCAUGGGAUACAUUGGCUUGGUUUUCAGUUCUGGUUGGGAUGGCAGCACAACUCACAAACCUAGGGAUUGUUUCAUGGAUGUCAAACUGUAUUGCCAAGCUGCUUCAGUCUUUCUCAUUGAGUUGGCCUGCAGCAUUUUGUGUUCUUCAGGCCUCCUACUUCCUGAUCCAUUAUCUAUUUGCAAGCCAAACUGGGCAUAUUGGAGCCUUGUACUCUGCAUUUCUGGCUAUGCAUGUAGCAGCAGGUGUUCCUCGUGUGCUUUCAGCACUUGCUUUGGCGUUCAACACAGAUUUGUUUGGGGGAAUAACUCACUACAGCAGUGGGCAGGCAGCGGUAUACUUUGGAGCUGGGUAUCUUGAUCUUCCCGAUGUUUUCAGGAUUGGUUUUGUAAUAACCAUGAUUAACGCAUGUAUCUGGGGAGUUAUUGGGACCAUUUGGUGGAAAUUUCUAGGGCUCUACUGACAGCAGGCACCAUGUAAUUUUCCUUUGCCGAUCAUCAAGUUGCUCUUGCUCAUGGAUUAGAAGGGGAAGAGUCAAGAGUGUAAUAACAUAAUAACGACUGUUGUUCAUGCUGGGUAGCUUCGUUAAUGCUAUCAGCUCAGUACAGUUUCUCGAUCACAGGCUGCUACGUCUGCCCUGUUUCUCCAUGCAUCUUGUACAGUUGCAUAGUUUUCUCGUAAAAUAUAAUGUAAGUUGGCCAGGAAACGGUCUUGUGGGAGAUUUUGUGCAAAUCUUUUCUGGCUUUGUGAUCAUACCA